AUGGCUUCCUCAUCUUCCUCAUGCUCUUUUGUUCCUCUCCUCCUCCUCUUCCUCACCGUCGCCGUGGAGUCGAGACCUUCCUCACAACGAGACGACAAACAGGUGUUACGCUCUCUGUUUGGCUCUCGUCUCUCUUCUCUCAUCUUGGCCCCGCCCACCUAUGAUGAUGUCACUGAGGGCUCAGCUGGACGUCCCGCCUCCUCCUCCUUUUCUCCCUCCGGGAGAUUUGCUGUGAGUGGCGGCGCUGUGAGGGGAUUGGUGGACAAACAGGAGGCGGUCCCUCGGUUCUUUUUCGACUUUCUGCGGCGACAGGCCAAGAUGAGGAGGCGGAGCCGGAAGUCGAUGGUGGGAGGAAGAGGAUGCUUCGGGAUGAAGAUGGACCGCAUCGGCUCCAUCAGCGGGCUGGGCUGUUAG